CACACACACACACACACCAGCCAUGGAGUUCAACAAAUUGGUGACCUUGUGGAUACUUUGCCUGUGUCUCGUUGGAGAAAGUUGGACAGAGAAACCAAGUUCACCUACACCGGACAGUCAGAUUGUUGACAAUGGGGUGUCAGAUUUUUGUCGCAUCGAUGAUCCGCUAUGCAAGGAUGAGAACGCCUUUCUCAGCUACGAAGCUAUCCGUAGUAUCCACAAGCAGAUGGACGAUGACGCAAACGGCAAUGUAGACGUGGCAGAGACAGACGGCUUCCUGAGAGAAGAUCUGAACUACCACGACCCCAAAGCCAAGCAUAACAGCUUCCAUGGGGAUGACCAGUUCAUCAGCGUGGAGGACUUGUGGAACGCAUGGAAGAUUUCUGAAGUGUAUAACUGGACAGUGGAUGAGGUGGUGGAAUGGCUCAUCACCUAUGUGGAGCUGCCACAAUAUGUAGAUGCAUUUCGCAAGAUGAAUUUUAAUGGAAGUGCCAUGCCAAGGCUCGCCGUAAAGAACACCACUCUGACAGUCUCUAUUCUGAAGAUCCUGGAUCGCAGCCACGUGCAGAAGUUGCAGCUCAAGGCUUUGGACACUGUAUUGUUUGGAGCUCCUCUGAUGAAUAGACACAACCACUUGAAGGACUUCAUGCUGGUAGUGUCAAUAGUCAUAGGCAUGGGUGGCUGCUGGUUUGCCUACAUCCAGAACCGCUACUCUAAGGACCACAUGAAGAAGAUGAUGAAAGACCUGGAGGGCCUUCAGAGAGCUGAACAGAGUCUGCAUGACCUGCAACAGAAGCUGCAGAUCGCCCAGGAGGAGCACCGUACAGUGGAAGUGGAGAAGGUGAACCUGGAGCAGAAGCUGAGGGAUGAGAUCAAUGCAGCCAAGCAGGAGGCCCAACGACUGAGGGAGCUGCGGGAGGGCACAGAGAACGAACUGAGUCGCCAAAAGUACGCUGAAGAAGAGCUGGUACAGGUGCGCAUGGCGCUGAAGAAAGCAGAGAAGGAGUUGGAGUCACGGAGUGGCUGGUCUCCACCAGAGUCUCUGCAGAAGUGGCUGCAGCUCACCCACGAGGUGGAAGUGCAGUACUACAACAUCAAGAAGCAAAAUGCUGAACGGCAGCUCCUGGUGGCCAAAGAAGGGGCAGAGAAGAUAAAGAAAAAGAGGACCACUCUCUUUGGGACUUUCCAUGUGGCGCAUAGCUCCUCUCUGGAUGAUGUUGACCACAAAAUACUGGCAGCAAAACAAGCCCUGGGCGAGGUGACGGCUGCUCUGCGGGAGAGGCUUCAUCGCUGGCAGCAGAUAGAGAUCCUCACCGGUUUUACCAUCGUCAACAACCCAGGCCUCCCUUCUCUGGCCUCGUCCCUCAACCUUGAUCCCACCUACAUGGGUGGCAGAGCUACACCUCAGCACUUCAUCAUGUCGGACGACAUGGACGACAUGGACGAGGAUAUCGUGCCUGGAACUCUGCAAUCUCCCAGUAUGAUGUCCCUGCGCCAACGCCACAUUGACCCCCAGCUCGCCAUGGGCUCCCAGAGGUUGGUAGAGAGCUGCCUGUUGGCAGGGCAGCAGGGAGAGGGAACCCCAUACCCAUCCAGGUCUAGGGCUACCUUCAGACAGUCACGCAGCCAGUCGUUUGGGCAGCUCGAGUGUCUCCCUCUACCUCCUCUUUCCUCGGCUGUGUCUCACCCUUCCAUCACAUUUACCUCCAGCCUAAACCCUCAGCCCCCGUCCUCCUUGUCCGCCUCUUCCUCCUGCUUACCCAGCUCUGUGGGUGGCGGUGUAGCCCCUAAUUCCUCCCACAUAUAUCAUGCUUCCUUCCAGCCCAUGGACCCCAUUCCUGAUUUCACCUUCUCAGAUGUCUCCAAAGCGCACUCCUCGUGCAGCGGCAGCUUUGGGGACCUAAAUCGCUCCGACUCCGACUCCUCCCUCUCCCUCUCCCAAGUUGGUGAUCGGCUAUCUGCCUACAGCUCCAAAGGCCACCUAAUCAAGCCCACCACUCUCAUGCACGGCCUGUCCGGUCGUGCAGAUGACAUCAUCUCACUGCAUGCUCACACCCCCAACGGAGGGAACCGUAUUCAUGAGGUCAAUCCAGCAGAGCCCACCCCCGACAGCCCCAUACUCAUGAAGAACGUGUACGCCAUGGAGAAGUCGCCCAGCCUGGGAGAGAUCAACAGCCUGUCAGAGUCCUCCCGCUCCCUCAGCACCAAUUCCACUGAACCUGACACACCGUCACCAACGGGGGGAGGGCAACCAGGGGUCGUGGGGGCAAAGGGCAGCACCCGCAUCCCGCAGCUGUCCUCCAAGAAGAGCCCGCUGGAGGAGGACAGUGGCUCUACAGGAGAAGACACAGAUUCCACUGCCAGCCGCAAGAAACAUACCUUCAAGAUCUUCAAGAAACAGAGGAAAUAAGGGCUACACGAACUACAGGCUAUCAAAGCUGUUUGACUGUAUUCCUCUGGUCUGUUUUCAAAAAAGAAAAGUUUUUGGUGUUCAUUAAUUGUCAGAUGAUGGCACAAGUUGUUGCCGUUUCGCUUUUGUGUAGGUACAACACCUACUCUGAGUAACUGGACUGGGAGCAACCAGCUGUUCAGUUUUAUCUGCUUAUUGGGUCAAUGUUGAGUAUAUGGGGAAAUGGGUAGGUUUGUAAAUUGGAAUGUAAAGUAUUAUUUAUUCUGCAGGAAAUUGUGCCAGUCUCAAAGGGAAAUGUGUCUCCCAGUUGGUUUUUUCUUUCUUGUUCUACAAUCUAUAACAUUUUGCAUGUGUUCACUUUUGUUCGACUGAUACUCGAAUGCUCUUAGUGUUUGCUUGGUUCUCGUCGUUAACCUGCUUAGACAACACUUGAUGUUUCUUUUCUUACUACCUAACCACCUAGCCUACAAAUCCAAAGUGAAUGCGCACUCCUUUUUUCCACCGAGUACUUAGUGUUUUUAUUGAUGUUACAAGUUUUUUCUGUCUUUUGUUGUCUUCUUCUCGGCAGAGCAAAUGACACAGUCAGAGGAUCCUCAAACAUAAGAGUCGUAGUAGAAAACUCUGACUUUAUUUGUGACACAAAUUUCCCUUUUGGCUGUUAAAAAAUGUGUCCAGUGUUGUUUGAACGCAGCACAGCAAUAGUAGGUACUGAGACGUAGGGGAUUGCAAAGGCUUAACAAUAAUUUGCAACCUGAAUGAUAUUAACUUGUAUACAGAAGACAGUUGGACAAGAGGAAAAUAUCCUCACAAAAUGACACAGUGACCCAUCACAGUGCGGCUUUAGACCUUUGGCUUUAUUUUUAGUAUUUAAGGUUGAGUGCAUGUGAGCAUGAGAGAGUGAGAGAGCAGUGCUUUGCUGAAAUGUGCAGCUUUUAAACAACGCCAACAAGUCGAACAAGUCUUUUUAAGACCUUGGCUAAUGUACCUAUCCUUUCAUUAUUAGGCAGAAAUGUUGUCAAACACAUAUUUACCAAAAUGUUAAACAUAACCGUCUGAAAAUACCAGAGUAACUGUGUGAGAAUGAGCUUUUAAUCUGUGUAUUGAAUUUAAAAAUGAGUAUACUUUGGAUAAAGUUUACAGUAUAUACCGUGAAACCAACAUAUUUAUCAAAGAUGUUAACACAAAGCACAUUUUUAUUCACAGCUAUUUAAAAAAAAAAAAAA